AUGGCUCCAUCUUUAUUCAUAACACUCAUCACCUUCAUAUCUUUCUCCUCACUUUCUCUCUCUUUGCCGACGACAAAUACAAUCCAAUCUUCUCCAACCAUCUCUCCUUUCGAACAACAGAUCUCCCCGGAAAUCGCUCCUCUCCUCCCAUCACCGGCCGUCUCCUCCACUCAAACCAUCCCUUCGUCUAACUCAACCCUUCCCGAUCCUGAAAACGACGAAGUUUUGGCCGAUCCUGAUCCCGCCUUUGCUCCCUCCGCUUCACCGCCGGUUUCUUCUCUUGCUACUCCGUCUUCUCGAGCUCCUGGAGCUCUCCUCUCGGUCGUAUUUGCCGCCGUUUCAUGCUUCUCGCUCCGGCUUCUUGUCGUUUCAGCUUUUUAG